UGUGUAGUUUUUUUUUUUCUUCUCCUGUAGUGUUCAGUUGGAGAGGACGAGUGCUUGGUCGACAUUUUAGUACUGCAUCAUCAAGACUGACGUGGGGUCUACGUGGGCAGAGGCUCGAGCCAUCCACUCCUACCAUAAUUAGUGACGAGUCUGACUACGUAAAACUUUGGUAAGUUAUUACACGGUAGACUAGUCGUGGGACUCGGUCACAAAAAAAGAGACAACAAAACAGAAAGUUCACCGUUUACAAUGACGAAUGGACAAACUUUCAAUUUGGCAGUUGAAUCUACUGGCUAAUGACUAUGUUAGCUAAAGCUAGUUGCUAGCUCUGGUUACGUGGACAAUCUCCUUCCUGUGUGUUAGCCAGCUGAACAACUUUAUGCACAGACACGAAUGGUACAGUUAGUUUGCUUGCUAACUAACUGGCAUAUAAAGACAGAGUGAAUUGGCUUGCCAGCCAGCGUCCGUAUUACUUUUAGAAAGCUAGCAGCUGCCUGCUACUAGCUAGUUACAUGAUAAAUAAUGUUAGCUAUCCACCUUUCAUGCUUUUCGGUGUAAGUCGCAAUUUCUCUCGAGCGUUUGUCUUCAGCUGCAUAAAUGACGCAACUCGAUUCGCGUUCGCUUUCUGGAAAGGUAGUUAGCCAGCUAACGAAAAAAAAAUUUGCUCUGUUAAUAAAUGUACCAAAAGUCUAUCUUGUUUAAGUGCUGAGUAUGGUACAGAUUUUAUAAACUAGCUCGCUACAAACUAGCAAUUUCAGAGUGACAGCUUCUAGACCCCUCCCCUUUCGAAUUCAGACAGGCGGGCGGCUGUCUUUGUUCCAUGGGAGUUACACCGUGUUCAAAAGAACUGGGAAAUAUCCAACUUUCGACAUAAGUGUGGGUGGGUGGGUCAUCCAACUCGGAAACUCGGUUAUCUUACUAGUGUUCCGACCUGAAGAUAACUGACGUCAUGAUUUAACCUAGUUUUUUUUUCUUCCGAUUUCCCAGUUGACAUGAAAGCACCAUUAGAAAAGGGAAAACAUGAAUCAAGUAAACGCAACAAUCACAUUUAACACAAUGUUUGAUUGAGUACAUUAAUUUGAAUUAAAUCAAACGUUUGAAAUGUGUUCCAUGUAAUGCAUUGUCACUGAAUGGGUUCGUUCUGUAGUGACAGUAGGCGACUUGUAACUUAAUCAAAAGCCCUCGAAUUGAUGGUAUAUGUCCUCCAACAUGUAAAGACACUAAAGGCAUUGCUUGCAUUUCUUUUAAACAUGGAUCCCAGUUUAAUCAAUAUGUUUACAGCACAGGAGGACACUAACACAAACUAAUGUGCUAACAGUUCUUGUAUGGCAGCCCAGUCAACCAGCACUGUUUUGAGUUAUCAGGCAGUUGUUCAGUACAUAUGACAACAUUACUUGCUUUAAUCUAAUGAUAUAAUAUUGAAAUAGUCUUAGACUUACACUACCGGUCAAAAGUUUUAGAACACCUACUCAUUCAAGGGUUUUUAUACAUUGUAGAAUAAAAGUGAAGACAUAAACUAUGAAAUAACACACAUGAAAUCAUGUAGUAACCAAAAAAGUGUUAAACAGAUGAAAAUAUAUUUGAUAUUUGAUAUUCUUCAAAUAGACACCCUUUGCCUUGAUGACAGCUUUGCACACUCUUGGCAUUCUCUCAACCAGCUUCAUCUGGAAUGCUUUUCCAACGGUCUUGAAGGAGUUCCCACACACGCUGAGCACUUGUUGGCUGCUUUUCCUUCACUCUGCGGUCCGACUCAUCCCAAACCAUCUCAAUUUGGUUGAGGUCGGGGGAUUGUAGAGGCCGGGUCAUCUGAUGCAGCACUCCAUCACUCUCCUCCUUGGUAAAAUAGCCUUUACACAGCCUGGAGGUGUGUUGGGUCAUUGUCCUGUUGAAAAACAAAUUAUAGAUCCACUAAGCCCAAACCAGAUAGGAUAGCGUAUCGCUACAGAAUGCUGUGGUAGCCAUGCUGGUUAAGUGUGCCUUGAAUUCUAAAUAAAUCACAGACAGUGUCACCAGCAAUGCACCCCCACACCAUAACACCUCCUCCUCCAUGCUUUACGGUGGGAAAUACACAUGCAGAGAUCAUCCGUUCACCCACACCGCGUCUCACAAAGACACAGCGGUUGGAACCAAAUAUCUCCAAUUUGGACUCCAGACCUAAGGACAGAUUUCCACCGGUCUAAUAUCCAUUGCUCGUGUUUCUUGGCCCAAGCAAGUCUUCUUCUUAUUGGUGUCCUUUAGUAGUGGUUUCUUUGCAGCAAUUCAACCAUGAAGGCCUGAUUCACACAGUCUCCUCUGAACAGUUGAUGUUGAGAUGUGUCUGUUAAUUGAACUCUGUGAAGUAUAUAUUUGGGCUGCGAUUUCUGAGGCUGGUAACUCUAAUGAACUUAUCCUCUGCAGCAGAGGUAACUCUGGGUCUUCCAUUCUCGUGGUGGUCCGCAUGAGAGCCAGUUUCAUCAUAGUGCUUGAUGGUUUUUGCGACUGCACUUGAAGAAACUUUCAAAGUUCUUGAAAUGUUCUGUAUAGACUGACCUUCAUGUCUUAAAGUAAUGAUGGACUGUAGUUGCUCUUUGCUUAUUUGAGCUGUUCUUGCCAUAAAAUGGACUUGGUCUUUUACAAAAUAGGGCUAUCUUCUGUAUACCCCCCUACCUUGACACAACACCACUGAUUGGCUCAAACGCAUUAAGAAGGAAAGAAAUUCCACAAAUUGACUUUUAAGAAGGAACACCUGUUAAUUGAAAUGCAUUCCACGUAACUACCUCAUGAAGCUGGUUGAGAGAAUGCCAAGAGUGUGCAAAGCUGUCAUCAAGGCAAAGGGUGGCUAUUUGAACAAUCUCAAAUAUAAAAUAUAUUUUGAUUUGUUUAACACUUUUUUUUUUGGGUUACUACAUGAUUCCAUGUGUUAUUUCAUAGUUUUGAUGUCUUCACUAUUACUCUACAAUGUAGAAAAUAAAGGAAAACCCUUGAAUGAGUAGGUGUUCUAAAACUUUUGACUGGUAGUGUACAUUUUCCCAAAGGGAGUAUAAUUUGUUCUUAUCUAAUCAUCUAUUGGGGUGGCUUUUUGUGUGCUUUUCAGCAGCCUUGGCAUCACUCAGGUGCGUGCUACAUGUUUGGCAAUGCUCCAAAACACUCCAAACCAACUCCUAUUACAGAGUCCCAUUGUUAAUGAUGUCUCUGCACAAGUGAAGAGUGAUUAGUGCUUUUUGGGGUUUUCGGUUCGAUGACAAAAAAAUAAUCACGUUUUUUGGUUUUGAUUGAUUUUUUUACGUGGAUUGAAUGCUGGAACAACACAGAAUAAAACAAGUCCCAUGAUUGUAGUGACUGCCCAUUACUGCUUGUCACUUAUUAACCAUAAUUUUAUUCACUUUAAUAAAAUAUUUCAGUGGUGUAUAUUACAUUUGUUUUAUUUGAUGACUUUUAUUCCAAGUCAUCAUCUCUAUAGAGCUACUGCCUAUGGUGUCAGACCAAAUCACUAUUUUAGUAGUUCUUCAAAGUAAAUAAGGCAUAUUUUUAUGACUGCUGAAUACCAACUAUCAAUCACUUAGAUCAUGUAUUUUCAGGUAAAGAUACCUCUCGAAGCAACUGCUCUCUAUCCCUCUCGAUCGCGCGUUCUCUCUCCGUGUCUGCUCCACAGAUUUAUCUCUAAAGAAACUGUGCAUCGAGCUCACAGAAAAAAAUUAAUGAAAUGGAAUUAAAAUAAUUGAACCUACGUUGGUCAAUUAGUUGUUUAAAAACAGAAAAAUAAACUACAUUUCAGUUAAUCACUCAGCACUACCCUGCACUCAGUUUUAGAUUUGUUUUCCCACUGUCCCAUAAAUCCAUAUUUGCAUCUUUUUGUUGUUGUAGUUGUAAACAGUAUCAUUCAAAUAUGGAUUUAUGGCACAGUGGAUUCUUUUAUAAUUAUUAUUGAGUGUAGAGACAUAAUUUAGAAUGGGAUUCUGAUGUAAUAUGAGUUGGUGUGGAGUGUUUUGUAAUAUGGUUUAAUGCAUUAUAGUCAAUUGCAAGUGAUGACUCAACAAAAUGUGACAACCCAAUUUCCUCUGUAAUGAUACAAAAUAGAAUAAAAUAAAAACGAUUUGGGGGAUCAACUACAAACUACAGGAAGAGUGAAAAUAAGGACACAUGAAAAAAAAUGUGUACUUCCCCUUCAAUUGUGCUACAUUUCCUGACAUUUCCAGUCCGAUGACCAUGAACACAGCGGUUGCGUCAUCACAGCAGGAUGGAAGUGUUGAUGACUCUCUGUCUGAUGAAGAACCAAGUCAGAGUGAAUCCAACUCACCCACUGCUGUACUUACUCAGGUAGCACCUUUGUGAAGUGUGUGUGUGUUGUGGCCACUAUCACUCAUCAUCACUCUUAUAUUCAGAGAUGCAUCAGGGUCUAAAAAGCCUGGUCCCAGACCUGUUUGUGCUCUUGCCAACUCCAUUUCGCAUUGUCAAGCCAAACACAACAAUAAAUGACAGAGUUGGCAUGAUAGCACAAACAAGAUCAUUUAGACACACUGAUGCUGGAGUAUCCUUUUCUCAAAUAUUGUUUAAAUGGCUAGUAAAACAAUUGAACGUCUCUUGUCUUUCUCCAGGUUUCAGGAACAGGAGACUCCGCUGGCAUGACAGUGGUGCAGUUACCUGGUGGGCAGACAGUUCAGGUCCAGGGUGUCAUCCAGGCUCCUCAGGCCUCUGUCAUCCAGUCACCACAGAUGCAGACUGUACAGGUAGCUACUAGAGCUCCAUCCCUUCCCUAUACCCUCAGGUUGUGUCCCAAAUUGCACCUUAUUCCAUAUAGAUCACUACUUUUGAAAGUAGUGGUCUAUAAGUGUCAUUGGAGAUGCAGCCUCAAGGGUCACUCUAGUCUUGGCUCAAUACAGUAAAUCAGUAGUUGCUUUUUCCCCAUAGAACAAUUCCAGAAUGGUUUUGGGUCGCAAGAGCACAAACAUAUCUGGGGCCAGGCUAGUACUUUCUGAUGUUGUGUACCAGUGAUCCCAAGGAUGUAACAAAGGGUAUCUUCACAUCUACAGGUGCGAUUGUUCUGGCUCUAAUGCAGCACUCUCUCUUAAUUGGCUUUGUCUGAGAAAUGGGAUCUGUGAUUUAAGCUAAUCAGUUCAACCUUCAUGCACCGGAUGUUGUAUUGUGUCUGCCAGUCUCUUAGACAACAUGCUGUCUGCUUGCAUUAGACAAAUCAGCACAUGAUGUCACGCUCGUUUUCCAUUUUCCUCUAAAUCACACUCACCAACAAAGAAUGAGUGGUGCACUACCUUUGACAAGGGCCCUGUGCAUAAGGCAAUAGGGUGCUAUUUGGGACACAACCUGAGAUUUAUACUGUUUGGGAAUUACUUUUAUUUUUCAGUAUUCAGUAAGGUAUUUUAAAAUGGAGGGAGGUGGCCUUACACAGGGACCGUGUCUAUGCAUUACUUUCAGACUUCAUUGUUUUUUUCCUUUUCCAGAUCACCUCUGUAGCUGGGCUUGAAGGUGGGGAGUCGGCAGUCACAGACACACAGAAAAGAAGAGAGAUUCUCUCAAGACGCCCAUCUUAUCGGUAGGCAGACUUGAAAACAUUGCAAAUAUAAAAAUUGAAUGUGUCCCAAAGGACACCUUAUUCCCUAUAUAGUGCAUUACUUUUGACCGGAGACCUAUGGGCCCUGGUUAAAAGUAGUGCACUACAAAGGGAACAUGGCGUAAGUUUAUAUAUUUGGGGCGGCAGGUAGUCUAACGGUUAGGAGUGUUAGGCCAGUAACCAAAAGGUCGCUGGUUGAAAUACCCAAGCUGACUAGGUGAAAAAUAUGUCGAUGUGCUCUUGAGCAAGGCACUUAACAGUAAUUGCUCCUGUAAGUCGCUCUGGAUAAGAGUCUGCUAAAUGACUAAAAUGGAUUUAUAUAACCAUUGACGUUUCAAAGCAAUCCAAGCAGAGUAGUUUAUUACGUGCUUUCCUCUUUACUUCAGAAAAAUCCUCAAUGAACUAUCAUCGGAUUCCUCCUCAAUUCCGAGAAUUGAGGAGGAGAAACCUGAAGAUGAGUCUCCACCCUCCAGUGUCCCUUCAGUUCAAGUGCCAACUUCAAUCUAUCAGACCAGCUGCGGCCAAUACAGUGAGUUUCAUUAGGCUCUGGUCAAAAGUGGUGCACUAUACAGCCCGACCAAGCAAAAGAGCUGCUCAUAGAGUGAAACUGAGAAAAAUGACUUCAAUGUUUUUUUUAUUGUCCAACCAAAUGAAUUGUAGGCAGAUUUUUAUUUAAUGUAUAAAAAUAACUCAUUUUUGACCAAAUGUGCAGUUACUGUUCUUUUGCUUUGGUAGGGCAGUAUACAGGGAAUAGGUUGCCGUAGUUGGGACGUAACUAUGGUGAGAAUGUUGACAUGCACUCACUAUUGUGACAUUAAUUUCUAUAUCCAGUUUGUGUUAUUGUGUAAGAGAUCUUAAACUGAGGAUUCAUUGUGGAGGCUACAUUUCCCAGGUUACAGUUGUGCAUCAAUAAGCCAGUGACCCAACCUUAUCAACCAUAAAGUACAGCACUUUUCUAUAUUUGAAGAAAACAUCUAAUCUAAUAGAUCAGAAGGUGCUGCUUAGAAAUGGCUGAUAACAGUAAUGAGCUAUUUAUAGCAGUGUUCAAAAAUGCAGAACUACAUGCGACUUUUGUCCCUCGUUGACAAAAUAAAAAUAACUCCCGCCCUCAGAGACCUUUUUCAAUACAAAAUUAGAUUCACACAAACAUCCACAAAUACCUCUGAGUAACCCUUCACUUCUAAAAAUGUGUGUCCCUCCUCAGUUGCCAUCACCCAGGGGGGAGCCAUCCAGAUAGCCAGCCCAGGCAGUGAGGACCUGCAGGGUCUACAGUCGCUGGCCAUGUCCAACUCUGGUUCCCCGCAGAUCCUGCAAUACGCAGCCCAGGCAGGGGACUCUGGACAGCAGUUCUUCUCUGUGCAAGGUGGCCAGGUGGUGAUACAAGGUAAGAACUGUACUGAACCCUUUACACUCGUGGGAAUUGGCCUAUAUGGAUACGGCUAAAUUAAAAUGUUUCUUACAGAAGAAAUAUGAAAGCAAAUACAUAAGCAUGGUAACUAUUGAAAGGGAACAGUUUGUAGAUUAUGGGAAAAUUAUUAGACCAAAGUUGAGGACACAACAGUUUACCUGACACAAGACUGAAUCCAAACAUUACACUGUUGAUUUUAUGUGCAUUUUACAUUUACUGUACUUUUCACCGUAUUUGUUGAUAAAGAAAUCUGAAAAUACUCUGGAUACAUUCAGUAACAUGAUAAGAAUAUUCCUGGAAAAUGUGGGUUAGGCACAACAUAGGACACAAAAAUUACAUGGGUUUGAGUGAGAGGACUAACUUGUGUCUCCAAGUGGCCACACACCUCCAAAGUGUGCACAGUUCCUAAGUAAUUUCAAUGCACUUUUAUGACUCAAUGCACUCUUCAACUAUAAGGUGCUUUUGAGCUCUCCUAGCUGUGCCAUUGAGGAACUAGAGCAAGGACACUUGUAGUUGUUUUGUUUGGAACACAACGCUGCAUCCCCGGCCAUCACACAAUUACUGUUGUUGUUUACGCAAUUCAAAAACACAAUCUGGGUCAGGUGGGCAUCAUUGGAAAUUGUUCUAUUGCCAACAUGGCUAUCUAAAUUAUCAAAUAAAUCUCAGUGUUAGGCUUUCACAAGGCAAUUCAGAGAAACGGAUCGUCAUUUUGGUGUGCAUAGAAAAGAGUCAUGAGUCCGUUCAGGUGCGUGUUCCGCGGCAAACUUUCUUCACAACAGACAAACAGGCUCAUUCUGUUGAGAACAACCCAGGGUAUGACGCCAUGUCAUCUAGUAACUGUAUAUGAAACAUAGUGAUCAUAAACGUUGACACUGUAUAUGACAUUAGUAUUAUGAUAUGGACAUGUGAAGUGCACAUUCAGACUCACGGGUGUUUGGCUUGCUUGUAUGACAUCAAAGUGGUAUUUAUUAUAAUCCUCAACGUCUCAUCUUCCAAAAUUCAUCGAGCCCUUUUCAUUUAAAGCAUUUCCCUCACUCAGACAACAAAAAAUUAGCGAAAGUUGCCCAAUUAGCGGGAGGGAUGGGGGACAACUACUUGUUACGCGAGGUGCUCAGGUUCAGAACGGUUGUCAGUCAAAACCCAUACAGCGCUGUGAAGCGCAGAGCCAGAGGUCCGACAUCAUUUAUAGCAUGUUAAUGUACAGCCACUGCGUUUCAAUGUAGGCGCUUAUCAGUGCCCAAAUCUGCCUUUUUCAACCCGUACACGGGUACGAGUGUAAAGGGCUACAUGAACUCCAAUUUCUCUAUGACCCAAAUGGCACGCUAUUCCCUACAUCAGGAUGUUUUUCCAUUCCUUAAUUGUCCAGUGUUGGCGAUCACCUGCCCACUGGAGCCGCUUCUUCUUGUUUUUAGCUAAUAGGAGUGGAACCCGGUAACAAAAUUAAAGUAACUUGGAGCUGAUUUGCUGGUGUUUUCAGUCUUUUAUGUCCAAAAAAUUGCUCAGAACUUGGGGACCCAAAUAAAAUCACCUAAAAGCCAAAUUCGGCCUGCGGGCCGCCAGUUGGGGAACCCUGCCCUAUAUAGUGCAAUACUUUUGACCAGGGCCCAUAGGUAAUAGGGUUCACAUUUUGGAUGCAGUCUCCAUUUUAUAACCAUCUGGUCUUUCUGUCCUUAGGCUUCCUAGUUAUUUCAUUAGAUUACAUUGAAAUAGUGUGAUUCAUUAAGUCAUGGGUUUGUAUUCAUUUAGCAGAUGAACAGAAGAAAGCUCUCUAAGUGGCUGGAGUAUGACUAGUAUUUCUCAAAAAAAUGUCAAGCAUGGUUGGUUGACCCUGUAAUGUUACUUACAGUACCAUGCAGACUAGUUCAUCAGAGCAAUGUAAUGGUUUCCCUGCAUUUCAAGUUUUUCUGAGUCCAAUGACUGUCUCAAACAUUUCCCUCUUAUAAUUACAAAUGCUCCCUAUUAGGGUACUUCUUUACAGCUGAACUUAUUUACUUAUUUUCCAGAGAAACGGAUGAAAAAGCUUAA